UUUAAGCCAAAAAGCCUCGUCACACGCCCCACAGUCUCGUUAAAUCACACGAGCCAAAGGCGUGCACUGGCACCUGGCGAUUCGUCACGCUUCCACGUGUGGCCGUCGCACGGACGAGCUGCGCUGAGCAUGACGUCUUGGCUCGUGGUGUUGGCGGCCUUGCUGCGUGUGGCCGCCUGGGCCCCGCCCGCGGCGCGGCGCGCCCCGAGGCGCGUUGCGCUGCGCGCCGCCGCCACGGAGAAGACCGACGAGUUUACGGUCAUCGGCAACGACGGCAAGCGCGUCUCGCUCAGCAAGGGCGAGAAGGAGCGCGUCUUCAUCGACGCGAUCCAGAGCUACUACUUCGACGGGCGCCAGGUGCUGAGCGACGCGGACUUUGACCUCCUCAAGGAGGACCUCGCGUGGGAGGGCUCGGAGUACGCGGUGCUGUCAAGGAACGAGACGCGGUUCCUGGGCGCCAUGGGCGCGUACUCGCGCGGCGAGGAGCCGAUCAUGAGCGACGACGAGUUCGACGCGCUCAAGGCGAGCCUCAAGGCCCAGGGGUCGAUCGUCGCGUGUUCGACCGAGCCGCGUUGCUUCCUCGACACGGGCAUCUGCUCGGUCGCGUUCUGCGCGGAAACCAACCGGUGGGUCGAGGUACCCUGCGAGUUAUACGACGUCGCGUCGAUGGCGCGGGGCGCUUGAAAUUGGCUUUCCGCACAGGUCACGUUCACGCCCGACCGCUUCCGCGGCCUCGUGCUCUACCUGCCCGCCAUCUCGGUCCUCACGCUGCUCUGGACCGGCGGCACGUACGAGCUCAUCUCCGCGAGCCGGGGCCUCAACCCGCUGAUCACGCUCCUCAUCGGGUCGCCCCUGAUCGUGUCGGUCGCGCAGUACCUCACGGAGCAGGUCCUCUUCAAGGACCCGUUCAUCGCCCAGGGGCCGUGCCCUGACUGCGGCGCCAACAACCGCCUCUUCUUCGGCGACAUCCUCGGCGUCGAGGGGUUCCAGGCCGAGGGCGACGUCCAGUGCUCCAACUGCAAGACGGCGCUCAAAGUGAGCCGCGACACGCUGCGGGUGAGCUGCAAAAAGGCGCUUUUUUAGGGGUCUGAUACUAAACCUGUUUAUAAAUAA